AUGUCAGCUCAAUUGAAGGUCAACACAAUCAAAUUCACCUUAAACACAGGUGCAAAGAUCCCGGCCGUUGGUUUGGGAACGUGGCGUGCUAGUGAAAAAGAUGCUGCCUACAAUUCAGUCUUGACUGCAUUGAAGAAUGGCUACAGACACAUUGACACUGCUGCCAUCUACGGAAACGAAGAAGAAGUAGGCAGAGGUAUUGCAGCUGCCAAGAUCCCAAGAGAGGAAUUGUUUGUUACCACCAAAUUGUGGAACAAAAACCACAAGGAUGUUGAAGCAGCUUUGGAUGAGUCUUUGAAGAAAUUGGGUCUUGACUAUGUCGAUUUGUAUUUGAUUCACUGGCCAGUCUCAACUGACCCAAAGACGGACAAGCCUUACUCAGAUCACGAUUUCGUCGACACUUGGAAGACUUUGCAAAAAAUCUACAAGAAAGGCAAAAAAGUCAAGGCCAUUGGUGUCUCAAACUUUACCGUCAAGAAGUUGGAAAAGCUUUUGAACGCUGAUGGUGUUGAUGUUGUGCCAGCCGCUAACCAAGUUGAAGCUCACCCAUUGUUGACUCAACCUGAAUUGUACGAUUACUUGAAAUCCAAGAACAUUGUUUUGGAAGCUUACUCACCAUUGGGCUCCAGUGAAUCUCCAUUGUUCAAAAACAAGACAAUUACUGAAAUUGCUGAAAAGAAUGGUGUUGAACCUGCUCAAGUCUUGGUUUCUUGGGCUGUGCAAAGAAACACCGUUGUUUUGCCAAAGUCAGUUACCGACUCAAGAAUCAUUUCCAACAUCAAGACAUUCACCUUGAGUGAGGAAGAUUUCGAAACGUUGAACAAGCUUUCAGAAAAGGAUGGUGUUGUUAGAACUUGUGACCCAGGCUUUAACAAUUUCAGUGACUGA